AUGGAGUUAGACCUCACACAAGCCUUCCAGAAAGAACUCACCUGCUUCAUCUGCCUGAGCUACCUGAUAGAUCCAGUCACCAUAAGCUGUUCUCAGUAUUAUUUAUCAAUAUUUGAUAUUCAUUGUUUUUUAAAGGAACGAAUUCUGAAGCAAAUGACAUCUUUAUGGGAGAAGAUCCAAGAAAAUCAAGAGAAUAUGGAAGCAGAGAACAGAAUGAAAACUCUGUGGAUGGACUACUUGACUCUUCGGGAAGAAAUGAUCAGGACAGAGUAUAGGAAAUUACAUCCACUCCUCUGUGAAGAGGAAGAGAAACACAUUGAGUCUAUGAGAAAUGAAGGCCAAUGUGUUUUAGAGAAACUUGGGACAAGUGAAGCCAUGAUGGUGCAAAAGAGUAAAGAACUAAGAGAAAUGUAUCAAGAGCUGAUGGCAAUGUCCCAGGAGUCAUAUGUGGUCCUGCUGCAGGGUUUGGAUGACAUAUUCAGAAGGAGUGAGUCAAUGCAGCUGAGCAUGAUCCACACUAUGAAACAAAAACUCCAAGCCCUACCCAUUACUGGACUGACUGAAAGUUAUAAACACUUGCAAGUGCCCAUUUUCUUUGAUAAUGUAACCAUGCUGCAUUACAAGAUGAACCUAUUUUAUGCCAUGAGAAGAUUGAGCUUCAGACCUCGCCAUAAAGAUACAUCUGCGGAUUAUGCUGGCUUCCAUUUUGCUUCCUAUGGAUCACAGAGCUUCAUCUCAGGGAAAUAUUACUGGGAGAUUGAUUUGCAGGACUCUUGGGACUGGGCUGUAGGGGUCUGUAAGGAUUCCUGGUUGAGGAAUAGAAACCAACCGAUUGAAUCUGAAGAUGCAUUUCUUCUUGUGUGUGUGAAGGAGAGUAAUCAUUACAGUCUUAUCACCACAUGCCCAGUGUUCCAGCACUAUAUAGAGAAGCCACUGGGCCGAGUUGGUGUGUUCCUUGAUUGUGAGGAUGGAAGUUUAAGUUUUGUGAAUGUUGCCAAGAGUUCCCUCAUAUACAGGUACCCUCCUGGCACCUUCAAUUUCCCUGUCUGGCCUUUCUUCUCCA